AUGUCCUCAUCUAUCGACCCUGCGAUGCGACAAGCUCUCGAGAGCUUCCUUGGAGAGGAUCUGCAGCGCGCAGAAGGAGAUGCCGGGCCCUUAUUUGGGCAUAUCACCAUGCCUCCGUUCCAAUUAGAAGGAGUGCCGCAAGUCAUUUUCGACUUGCUUCCGGUUGACCGUGCCAAGACCUUUAUCAUCCAUGUGAGCACGGACGAAGUUGAAAUGCCGGACGUGGAAGAUGGCCAACUUCCAAUCGAGAAUUUCACGUUUUCCGACUUCCUCAACCUUCUCAUACGGAAUAUCCAACAAGGAAUGGGAGGACGUGGCGGUUCGGUAGAGUGGCCGUCUGCCAAGAACUAUAUCAAGGUCUGGCCUGAAAAGAGAGUACUACCACACAAGGCCGUCAUUGUCAUGCAGCUGAACUCGCAAGUCUCUGCAGAGUGCGCCCUGGCAUUGACUUGCGCUGUUGAUUGGGCCUGUGCUGAGUUUGACUUCGAACGGGACAUCCGUCUCAUAACGAUAUCGUCGCCGAUCGGGCCGGACCUUCUGUUCAACCUCGUUGCUCAACAGCAAGAUGAGCCUCAUGUGGCUCUCUGUGAUAUUGCGUCUCUGGUGAAGAGAGACGCCAUAGAUGGCUGUACCGUCUUCACUGGCCACUCACCGGAGCAGACUGCCAAGAAACUUUACGAUGCCAUCAAGAGGUCGAACGAUAUUAAGCGCCUGGUUGUUUCGUUCGAUGAAGGCGUCGAAGACCAACUCAUGGACCUUUUGAGCCAAGAAGAGAAAGAAAAAGUCCACCAGGUUCAAUUCUUCCCCUCCUCUGAGGCCUCAACGAGGCUCAAGCUGACAGGGAAUUCCAAACCCGGGAGAACAACAUUUGCAACAGUCCUGGGCCAGUUUGAGCAUCUUCCUCUGAGAAUAAGCGUUUUCCAGGAAGUUCAUCUGGUACUUAGUCGCAUCGACUGCAGGACUCCUGCCUGGGAUAACAUAUCUCGCCAAGUACUGGCAUACCCGCACUGGACAUCUAAGCAGGACCGCCUUUCACAAACAUGGUGGGCGUACCAACCCAAGGGAGUGGCAGUUUCGGUGUACUCGGACAAGUAUGAGCCUAGUGCCUUUGUGAAUGAAGGCGUCAACCAUGUGCGUCUCGUACAAGGUGCCCAGCUUUCGGGAUAUAUCGCUGCUGCGCUGGAUCUGAUGUCCAUGGGGAUUGGAUCUAGAGAGACCAUCCAGCUCUUCGUCCAGUCUCCCCUGAUUAUUGAAGACAUGAAGCAGAGGCUUGCUAUGCAGGGUCUCAUCUCUACCAACGGUCUGAAUUUGAAUGAGACCGAAGCGCAACUCUUCCGGUGUCUCCUUCCCAAGGUCAAUUAUGACCACCGUCUUGCCAUGCUAUUGGCACUUGACUCCAGCGCAGCCGUUCGUCGUGUCAAAGCCCAGUUUGCCGCCGUCUUGAUUUCUGAGACAUCUUGUAGAUUCAUAUAUGACAAUGUGGACGACGUGGACCGGCAAACCGCAUUCAACUGUUGCCGUGGUCUUGUGCGGUCCCUUGCAAGCCAGGGAACCACUUGGGCCGCCCUUGGCCUCACCAAGUACAGGCUCGCGGUCGCAAGCGAUCCCAAAGGCAGGAGUAAGCUCAGUGACAUCGUGGACUUCAACGAUGAGGCCGUGAAUGUGGUGUCCGAUGUCUGCUAUGAACUCUUGGAGACCUUUCUCGCGUUUGGCAUCGAAGUCGAUACCGAUUCGAUGGCAACCGAAACGGACGAGCUGAACGAAGCUGAAACGCUUCAACUUCAGAGAGACCUUUUUCAGGCUUACAUGCAUCAGAUUGUUUUCUUCAGCUACCAGAAUGGAAGCGACGGACGAAGCCAUGUGCCCGAGUUCAUGUCUUUGACCUCAAUGAAACCCUGCGGGUUUUCUGUUCACCUGUCUACGCUAGAUGCGCUCAUUGAUGUUGAUGGGCUGACUCGAGCGACGGGCUUCAAGACCCUAUUCGGUAUUUCCCACACGUUGAACCGGUCGUUUGGGUCACUCGCCUUUGACCAUUGGGUUCUUAUCCCUGACGAGGUGGUCACUGAAUGGUCGGCCGACACAGGUCUCAGUCACUGUAAUCUCGUGUCAACAUUUGUGCACCAGGAGUCAAACUCUGCUGAGGUCACAAGUGACAUGCUCUAG